AAAAGGAGGUUGUUCUACCUGUAGUUGUUCAAAUGGUUGAAAAAAGAAAAAAAAAGAAACAGCUAAAUUUCACUACUUCAAAAAAAGUUAAAGAUAUAUGUAGAAUAGGCUUCUGUGGAGAUGAGGAAAAAUUACAAGCAUGUCGUUUCAAAAGAGCAAUUGGUGUAUCAAAAGAAAAAGUUGUUUUUGGGGCACGUAAAAAUGAUGAUAAUACUAGAACAUAUUACUAUGAUACAAUAUAUCAAAGAUU